AUAUAUGUAACCCCAUAAGUUGUUGCUCAGUGCAUCCAUAUAGGUUUAUUGGAACUGCCAUUUGUUACACUCCAAAAAACAAUAUUAACUCUGGUAUAUAUUGUUUCAUGGCCAAUAUCAAGAUGUCGAGGACUGGAGCUAUGGAUAUCGUUGUAGCCAUUGGAAAUGAUGAAAGUUUCUCACAACCAUUUGAGAAAAUAGAAAGAAAAUCCCUAAAGACAACUUUCCUUGACUCAAUUGGUGCCCAUGAAAUUUUCUCAUCCGAGAUGUGGAGGGCAGCCCUUGCAGAGACAGUGGCAACCACCUUCUUUUUAUUCACACUCACGACAUGCCUUCUCUCAUGCUAUGAAUCUAAUGUCACUGACCCCAAGCUGCUCGUCCCGUUUGCGGUGUUCAUCGUUGCUUUCUUCUUCCUCUUUACCAUGUUUCCUCUAACCGGGGCCUUUUUGAAUCCAUUGCUCACAUUCAUUGCAACCCUCAAGGGUGCCAUAUGUCUUGUACGUGCCUGUGUUAUUUUCUUGGGGCAAUGCCUUGCCUCUAUAAUGGCCAUCUACUUAUUGAAGUGUGCGAUGAGCCAUGAUGCAGUAGAGAAGUACAUGUUAGGUGGUUGUACUAUCAAUGAUAAUGGCUCUGGUAUUAGCCUGGGAACUGCACUGAUGUUAGAGUUUGUGUGUACCUUUAUUAUCCUCUUGGUUGCUGUUACAGUGGGAUUUGACAAGAAAAGGAGCAAAGAACUUGGGGCGACUAUGGUUUGUAUUCAGAUAGCAGCAUCAUUGGCCUUAGCAAUUUAUGUGUCCAGUGUGGUAACUGGGAAGAUUGGCUAUGCUGGUGCUGGACUGAACCCUGCAAGGUGCUUUGCCUCAGCAUUGCUUUUUGGAGGUCCAUUGUGGCAUGGACAAUGGGUAUUCUGGUUGGGGCCCUUUCUAGCUUGCAUUGUUUAUCAUAUUUUCUCUAAGACCCUACCUAAGGAGGGUUUGGUCAAUGAUGGAAAGUAUGAGAUUAUAAAGGUUGCAAGGGCUUGUAUUGGAGCAACUGGCUCUAACAAAUACAAAUCUGCAACUGUAAAGGCUGAGGAAAAGCCUCCCUGUAUCCCUGAAACUGUUGACAAGGAUGUACUUGCCCUAUACCCUUUUUAAUGAAAUGUAUAUCUCUCUCAAAAAAUAAAAUCCCAUACAACGCUUUUAAUAAGGCAUUUAUUUAAGACUUCAAAUUUGGUUCAUAUAAAACUUUCUUUUCUAUUGGCUCAA